GAAAGAAGCUGAAGCUGGCAGCGAAUCCUAUAAAUUCUCAUCCUCUGCCACUCUCACUUUCCACAACACACACACAGACAAAGCAACCAUCUACAAACCUACCUGAAAAGAAGCCAAACAUGCCGCAGCUAGCAGAGACAUACGCGUGCGCCCCAUCCACGGAGCGGGGCCGCGGUAUCCUAAUAUCCGGCGACCCUAAAUCGAAUUCAAUCCUGUAUUGCAACGGGCGAUCCGUCAUCAUCAGGUAUCUGGAUCGGCCGCUGGACGUGCAGGUUUAUGGAGAGCACGGGUACCCUGCGACGGUGGCGCGGUACUCGCCUAAUGGAGAGUGGAUCGCAUCCGGUGACGUGUCAGGUACGGUGCGGAUCUGGGGAACCCACAACGACUUCGUGCUAAAGAAUGAGUUCCGGGUGCUGUCGGGUAGGAUAGACGACAUUCAGUGGUCUCCUGAUUCGCAGCGCAUUGUUGCCUCGGGUGACGGCAAGGGAAAGUCCUUAGUUCGCGCCUUUAUGUGGGACUCAGGAAGUAAUGUUGGAGAUUUUGAUGGGCAUUCAAGAAGGGCUUUAAGUUGUGCAUUUAAGCCAACAAGACCAUUCCGAAUUGUAACAUGUGGAGAGGACUUUUUGGUUAACUUUUAUGAAGGGCCUCCUUUUAAGUUCAAGCUGUCUCACAGGGAUCAUACAAAUUUUGUAAAUUGUGUUCGCUUUUCUCCAGAUGGGAAUAGAUUUAUUAGUGUAAGCUCUGACAAGAAGGGUAUAUUAUAUGAUGCCAAAACUGGAGACAAGAUUGGAGAGUUGUCUUCUGAGGAUGGCCACAAGGGCAGCAUUUAUGCAGUUAGUUGGAGCCCUGAUAGCAUGCAGGUGCUAACAGUGUCUGCUGACAAGUCUGCCAAACUGUGGGAAAUAUCUGAAGAUAAUAAUGGAGUGGUGAAGAAAACACUAACUUGUCCUGGUGCUGGUGGAGUAGAUGACAUGUUAGUUGGUUGUCUCUGGCAGAAUGAUCAUAUUGUCACUGUUUCUCUUGGUGGCACUAUAUAUUUGUACUCUGCCAGUGAUCUUGACAAAGCUCCAAUUGAAUUUUCUGGGCACAUUAAAAAUGUCAGCUCACUCAUAGUGCUGAAAAGUGAGCCGAAAUUUAUAUUAUCCAGCAGUUACGAUGGCGUGAUUCUUAAGUGGAUUCAAGGUGUUGGAUACUCUGGAAAAUUAGAAAGAAAGGUGGUUUCUCAAAUUAAAUGUUUUGCAGCUGUUGAAGAAGAAAUUGUGUCAUCAGGAUUUGACAAUAAGGUUUGGAGAUUUUCUCUACGUGGAGACCAGUGUGGGGAUGGAGAUUGCAUUGAUGUUGGCAAUCAGCCAAAGGACGUGGGUCUUGCCCUUCUUUCUCCUGAUCUAGCAUUGGUUUCAAUUGAUACUGGUGUUGUUCUACUUCGUGGUACAAAAGUUGUUUCCACUAUUCAACUAGGAUUUACUGUGACAGCUUGUUCUGUUUCACCUAAUGGAACUGAAGCUAUUGUGGGUGGUGAGGACGGGAAAUUGCAUGUGUAUUCUCUCACAGGUGAUACUUUGAAAGAAGAAGCAGUACUUGAAAAACAUCGAGGAGCUAUCACUGUCAUUCGCUAUUCGCCGGAUGUUUCCAUGAUUGCAUCAGCAGAUGCUAACCGAGAAGCUGUCGUCUGGGAUUGUGCUUCCCGAGAGGUAAAGCUUAAAAAUAUGCUAUUUCAUACUGCUCGGAUAAACUGCUUAGCUUGGUCUCCUAACAGCAGCAUGGUUGCCACUGGAUCACUCGACACAUGUGUUAUCGUGUAUGAAGUAGAAAAGCCAGCAGCAAGUCGCAUGACUAUCAAGGGAGCUCACUUGGGUGGAGUUUACGGAUUGGCUUUUAUUGAUGACGACAGUGUGGUUAGUUCUGGCGAGGAUGCUUGCAUCCGUUUGUGGAAGGUAACACCGCAGUAAGGUCUAAACUUUGUUCCUUAUUUCUGAUUAAUGGUUUCAUGUGAAACUGGAACAAACACGACUGGUAUGCACGAAUGAGGAAUAUUAGUUUCGCGAAAACUGGAGAUGCCUCUUUCUGUUGUUUCAGUAUAAAGGCACGUUCAACUCAAUUUCAGAAUUAUAAUGACUUGCUAUUCAUAGCAAGGGUUUGAAUGUUUCCCUUUCUGAUUCCAUUGACAACGAUUAUGACGGCCUGCUCGAUACUACCAUUGUGAAUGGUACAUGUGAAGAGAUGGUUUCAGGAUUGGGCGUCUUGCACUUGCUCGAAGAUCAGAAAUUAGUAUAGCACUUUUUACCCUUUUUAUUUUGCCUUUCCAGCAGUUCUAUUUAUUCUUUUGGUUCUUUUUGGAAGGACUGCAGUUCUUUCUUGGCCUUGCAUUUGUUGUUUUUCAACUGUUUUGAGUGUUUUGUUUCAGCUUUGUACUACCUACAGCGGAGCUUAUGUUGCCUGGAAUUUUUGUAGAAUGAGUUAAUGAAUACUUUGUUAGUA